UGCCGCUGCCGCCGCCAUGUUGUCGUCAGGCGGACUGCAGCUGCAGCAGCAGCUCGAGCCGCGCCGCCGCUUCCUCCUCCUCGCCGCCCGCGCGCCCCGCCAGUCCCGCCCGCUACCUCACAGGAAAACGCCCAGAAGCUUCUAGGCGGAUGGGUGGUCGGAUGAGUUGCUGGCUGGUUGCGGGACCCCCCGAGCUGCCGAGCAGGUUAUUUGCCAAAACUGAGAUUUCGCUUUGAGUGGAAAUGAUUUCACCAACAGGCACGCAACAGGCAUUGAAAUAUACAAAGAUCUUCAGUGGUGUUCUCAGCAAUAGUUGUUGGAUGUGAAAAUCAUUGAAUACCAUUGAGUAACUGGAGAAAAACCUUUUCUGAUCAAUUACGUCUUGACGAGGUUCAUCAUGACUACAUCAGCUAUUAGACGGCAAAUGAAAAACAUUGUGAACAAUUAUUCUGAAGCUGAAAUUAAAGUGCGUGAGGCAACUUCGAAUGACCCUUGGGGACCCUCUAGUUCCUUAAUGACCGAAAUUGCAGAUCUAACCUAUAACGUUGUGGCAUUUUCAGAAAUAAUGAGUAUGAUAUGGAAGCGUCUCAAUGAUCAUGGCAAGAAUUGGCGGCAUGUUUACAAGGCUCUGACGCUGUUAGACUAUAUGAUAAAAACUGGAUCUGAAAGAGUUGCACAACAGUGUAAGGAAAAUAUAUUUGCUAUUCAGACCUUGAAAGACUUUCAGUACAUUGAUCGUGAUGGUAAAGAUCAAGGUAUAAAUGUACGUGAGAAGUCAAAACAGCUUGUCACUUUGUUGAAGGAUGACGAAAGGCUCAAGUCCGAGAGAAGCCAAGCUCUUAAAACAAAAGAACGUAUGGCUCAAGUGGCAACAGGAGUAGGAAGCAAUAAUCAAAUUACUUUUGGUCGUGGGUCUAGCCAGCCUAACCUGUCCACCAGUUAUUCAGAACACGAGUAUGGAAAAUCAGGAGGAUCACCUGCUUCAUAUCAUGGCUCAACCUCUCCACGAGCUUCAUCAGAGUUGGAACAGGCCAGACCACAAACAAGUGGAGAGGAAGAACUUCAGCUGCAAUUGGCAUUGGCCAUGAGUAGGGAAGCAGCAGAACAGGAGGACCGCCUCCGCCGUGGUGAUGAUCUACGACUUCAGAUGGCCUUGGAGGAGAGUCGCAGAAAUUCAGUUGUAUUAGUGGGCAGCACAGCUCCAAAGAAGAAAAAGGCAUCCAUGGUUACUCUCACGGAUCCCUUGCCAGCUGCAACAUCAAAGAAAAAUGGACUCUGGGAAAUAUCUGUCCGACCGGUUCUAAUAGAAAAACCUGACCCUUGGGGAGGAGCAGGUAGCCCAGUAGCAUCUGACCCAUGGCAAACACUUGAUACAAUACCCACUGCUGCCAUUGAUCCUUGGGGUGCUUCAUCUGCCCCACAGACACUUACUAAAAGCGUAGACCCAUGGAGUUCACAGACCACCUCUACUGUCGUGACACCAUCAGCUGAUCCAUGGGGACCAGGCCCUUCAGCUGAUACUAUUUCUGGCAGUACAGCUUUUGAUCCCUUCAGCACGUUAAAUGGUGCAGCAAAGGAUGACUUUGCUGAUUUUGAGGACCUUAGAGCUUCAUCAAAAAAGCCAGAUGAGACUGAUGUGUUGGGAGGGAGUUCCCGGCUAUGUGGUUCGAUUAGCCCAGAUCUACUUGACACUCAGUUUGGUAGUUCAGCAAAACAGACUGCAGCUCGGAAAACACCAGAAUCCUUCCUUGGUCCUAAUGCAGCAUUAGUGAAUCUGGAUUCCCUGGUAUCCCAACCUAUCCACCCAUCCAGUAUAUCUAAUCCUUUUCUAGCUACAGGUUCAGCUCCAGUCCAAGUCACUCAGAUAAAUCCCUUUCAAGUUAACCAACCACAGCCUCCAACACUGAACCAAAUGAGAGCCAGCCCUUUGGCCCCAGGACAGUCGACGUUCGGUACUAUGCCUACAGUUAAUAUGGAGCCCAUGCCAUGCACCUCCAUGUCAGCACCACAGGUGGCAAUGGGCAUGGUUCCAGUGCCAAUGAUUGGUAGGAUGGGUACAGGAAUGAACAUUACUGGAACAAUGCCCCAGCCACUUGUAUCAACAGGCAUUCCUCCAUCUACAUCUCAGACCACCACAACUAACCCUUUCCUAUUAUAAAAGAUGAGAGAUCGUCAUUAGAAUGAAAACCUAGACAGGAGUGCGGUUAGUUGAGUUAAAUGUAUUCUAGACUACAUUUAUGGGUGAGAUGAGGAAACCGUCACAGUGGAUUUAGGUUUUGCUGUGUUGGUUUUUAUGAAAUACAUAUUGACAGUGGUUACUUUUCUCAAUUUUCUGAAGAAGCUAUUUGCUGCCAAUGGAGGUAUCGUUUGGUGACUGAACAUGUAGUUGAAUACCAGUAAAAUGAAUCUAAUAUUCAUACCUCCUGAAUCCUUCAGUCCUUAAGUGCAUAUUACAGUUUGUCCAAAGGUAACAUAGUCUUCUGUGCAGUAUAUUCAGUUUUUGCAUAUUUCUCAUGUCAUCUUUUUCAAAAAAAUAUAAAGACCACUGACUGUUUUUAAGAAUUAGAACUUUGCUUCCUAAUUUAAAAAAAAAAGCAAAUCUGAAAGAGGAUCCCAAAUCAGAAUGCCUACAUCACAGAUUUCAUAACUGAUAAAUUCUUCCAAUUUUUUUAUAGCAGUAUAGAUUUUUGAAUCGUGUUGUGUCUUAAAUAUGCUGCUGAAUAGUUGCUUUUGAACUUGGACUGUUGCAUGCAUCUUUAAUUGCUUUUUGGAAUAUCAUUCCAAGCUCUGGAUGCUAUUUUGGAAGAUGGUAUUGGCUAUUCAGUAUUAAUAAUGGUUGAGCACUGAAAAGAUUGAAUUUUUUGUAGAGUUCUAAUUAAAAAAUAAAUGCAGUGAAUAGGGACAAACUGUAAAUACAAGUAACAUCAAGGAGGAUUUUUUUUAAUGUAAAAGAAAAGUUGCAUGCAUCAGUCAGUUAUUGAAAUCUAAAAUUUGCUACUUUCUGGCUAUUCUCCAGUAUAAAAACACAUUUAGGUGAGAGGUUGUAUCACUCUUAGUGCAGUAAAGUAUAGAGUUUGAAGGAAAAAUACAUCAGUGUAACCUUGGAUUCUAGGUGCUUUUUUACUUUCUUUUGUUUUAGAUUUUACUAAGUAAAGCAAACAUUAAGCUACUUCAGACUCGACAUCGGUAUAAGCAGUUAAUCCUGUACACUUUGCACAGCAUUUUUAAUAGAUAAAUCUUCAUGUAAAGGUCAAGGAGCCAAGUUAUGAGUCUGUUCUUUGCAACCAUAUUCUAGUUUAAAACAAGUUUAAUGCUAUUUUUAAUCUUUCAGUCUAGGGGUUUUGGUAAGAUUUUGCAAGCGUGUUUUUUAUCUGCUUUAAAACAUUGUUUGACAGGUGCCAUAUGUGCAGUCCAAACUGUAUCUUUGCUUCAUUGUUGAGAGAAUAAGACCUGUAUUUUAGAAAGAGAAAAGGGAAUCCUGCAAUUGAGAGUGUACUUGUAUUAUUGUGUUUAGUCUGCCAUGUUGGUUCAACACUAAGUGCAUAGCAAGUUAUUAAGUUUUGUAAUUGAUAAUAGAUUUUCUUUGGAAAUGAAUGAAUGGUCAGACUGGUUACUUAAGGAUGAAUUGCUAUGCAGAAAAGGUAGAUAGUAGUCCUAAAGUUUUAUUUUAAUAACUUAUGGGAAAACAAGCAUGAUCAGUCUGUGCUCUUAACAAAUGAGAAAUUUUCUAUCUUGACAAUUUGGAGUGUGUGUGUUUUACAGUUUCAUUUGGUUUUGUUUUUUUUAGCUAGGAAAUGAGUUUUGGAGACAUGGCCAACAGCAAGUUAGUAUUUCUUUUAAAGGGAAAGAUAAAAGCUUGUAUUUGUUCUCCUUCCACAGUUCAUUUACUUUUAUAAAAUAACUUGGAUUUCUAUACCAUUCAUUAAAUAAUAUGUCUUGAGUGAUUUGAUAGUGAACAAUCUGGCAUUAUAAUAGUAGUGGUCAGUAUUUACUCAUUGUAAAAUCAAUUGCCAGACCCUAUCAUUUAGUAUUCACUUGACGUGCAUAUAUUUCAUACCCACGUUAAAGACCAUUAUGAACUUAAUGCUUCUCGGAUCUACAUUUGGAAGUUAUCACCUGUCAUUCAUGCUUAAAUAAAAUACUGAGUUUCAGCUGAUAUCAUUUUGCUUAAGAUAGAGAAAAAGAAAAUACCUACAAUAAUAAUUAUUUUAAAAUAUGGGUGUGGAAUAUUUGUUCAUGUGUCAAAGUAAUUUGUCUAGUUAUAGCAUAUAGCUAUGGUGGUAUGCACCUUAUUUUAAAAAAAGUCACUAUUAGCAAUACAAGUAUGGCAUAUUAUAUAACUUAGAAUUUUCCAAAUUUCUGAAAAUGAAAAUUCUAUUGCUUUUAAGAUUGACACAUAAGUAUAUGCAUUUUUAUAUCCAGAAAGUGGUCAUCUAUAUACCAGAUAUGGAACUGCCACAAUGAAAUUCAUGCCAAGCAAGUUCAUUUGAAACAUAACCCUGUUUGACCUUGCACAUAUAUAUUUAUAUUCUAUGAUUCCAGUUAUUUGAAUUGAUUUUAGUUCUUCAAAGGGUUCAUGUGAGUGCGUGAGAAUAUGCAUGCUAAGAGUGCAGCCACUACUUGUAAAGUCUUGCAUCUAGUCACUAAAAUGUAUACAAAGCUUCUGGUAAGAUUUGUAUUAAUUGUUUUCAUCAUGUACUGUAAAAUGUCUUUGCUGUCAUUCUGUUAAUAACUCUGCAUCAAUGUAAUGUAUUGUAGUCUACCAUCUGUACCUGUUGUGUAAUUUCAUGUGUACUGUAACUGUAUUGGAUUUACUAAAAUAAGUCAUGUAGUAGAAUUUCAUAGUUCACUAGCAUAGUUAUAUCUUUAAAGCCUUUAAAAAAAAUCUUUGACACAAAUUAAGAAAGUCAAGCAACUGGAAAAUCAGUGUGAGACAUCUCAAUUGAAAAAGUCAUGACUCUUUCUAGAAGAUGGAAACUGACACUUCGCAACAAGCGCCUUUUUAUUUAUCCACGCAGGACCCAGUUGAUAUUUUGUACCGCACUCACUCCAUUUCUUUUUAAUGUUAUGAUGGAUAUUCCCAGCGUGUUUUUGACGUAGCAAUGUACCAGAAGCUCAGUUUCUCACAAGCUUUACAAAGACCAGAGAAGUAGUUCUAGGGGUCUUGUAAAACAAAAUAUUUCAAAGAUCUUGGCUAAUUCAGUAUUCAAAUAUUCAUUUUCAUGGCUGGGGUGUAUCGAGGUGAUGAAUAACCCAACGGCCUGUAAAUUAAUUAGUGGUCUUGUCCUGUGGUAUCUGCACCCACUGUUGGUUGGCUCCAUUUAUUUAUUACGCAUCUGAUCUUCAAGAAUUUACAUAUUUACCCCUAAACAUGCUAACAGAUUAGAGAGAGCUAGGGUGCUCCAAACCCAGUGGUGAAUAAGUCAGGAGAGAUGCCACAGAAUUCCUUUAAAAGUGCUGGGUCCCAGAAUACAAAAAGGCUUUAUCAGAAGACAAUUUUCUGGGCAUCUGGGCUGUGGGUUGGGGUAACUGGGGUGGUAGAAAUAAAUAUGGUGCAUUAAGCUACAAAGUCACACCAAACUAUUUUAGUCACCGGAUCAUUUUUGUUUAUUGUUUGUAUUCUUUCAAAAUAUUGUCAAAACUAUCUACCAGUAUUUUACAUUUUAUAUACAACAUAAAACUAGAUCAUAGAUCUCCUUCACCCACAGCUUUUAUUCAAUAAUACUCAUAAAAACAUUUUGUUAGCCUCCGAGAUAAAAACAAUGAUUGUAUUAAUUAGCAAAGGUAUACAAUGAGUGGUUACUACAGCUCGAAAAAAUCCAUUCUUGAUGCAUAUUUAUAUUUUAAGAACCUGUUAAAAAAUUUCUGACACUUGUGGAACUCAAUCCAAUACCCUAAUAAGUGUAUAUCAUGUUUCUUAUUAGGUCUUCAGGUUAUGUAUUACUAUCAUCAUGGUAAUAUGCACUUGGAUUAUUUUCUUAAGGGUAACAACACUGAAUCGUGAUUUUCCCAAUCCUCGAGGAAACAAUAGAAAUGUGCAAUACUGAUGGACUAACAAGGAAACUACUCUUUGAUUAUAGCCUUAACUUCUUGAUAUGAUAUAGCACCUGUUUAGCCCUAAAUGACCUGAUAUCCUCCAAAUAUGAGUGAAUUCAUUUCAUCUAAUCUCUUUGGAAUGGGUGUUUUAUUUACUGUAAAGAUACAUGGAAACGGGCCCUUCGGCCCACUGAGUCCACAUGACCAUCAAUCACACGUUCACACUAGUUCUAUGUUAUCCCACUUUCUCAUCUACUCCCUACGCUCCAGGGGCAAUUUCACAAAGGCCAGUUAAACUACAAACCUGCACUUUGGGAGGAAACCGGAGCACCCAGAGAAACCCCACGCAGUCAGAGAGAGAACGUGUAGAGUUCGCACAUACAGCAUCCGAGGUCGGGAAUAAAUCUGGGUGUCUGGCAUUGUGAGGCAGCAGCUUUGCCAGCUGCGCUCUAGUGCAGCCCGCAAUAAUUCUUUGAACAAAAAAAAGUUUUGUCUUUCCGUCACAGUGGAGAACUUUGGUUUCCUCCAAAACUUGGUGAACAUGUCCCAGAUUCAUCAGGAUUUAUUUCUUUAGCUUGGAUUCAGGGAUCUCCAUUUUAUUUUAUUUGAAUAAUCAUUUAUAAGGUGGUUGCUGUGUUCUAUACCAAUUUAAUUUGUGCUGUCACCAGCAUUUGGUUUUGUGAUUAUCAUGAUGCAAGUUAGACUAGCUUGGAGUUGAUACAUUGUAGUGGAGACAAUGUAGUCAAGACAUCUUAAUUUAGAAUGCAGCAACUUGACAACCCUUGAGAUUGACUAACCUACUUUUUAAUUUGGUGAGAAACAGUGGGGUGAGGCACCAGUAUUAUGCUGAGAUGAACAAAAUAAAUCUGAAUUAAAUUUUGAAGGCCAGUAGAGGGACUGGUACUUAUUGAUUUUCCAGUUAUUUGGCUUGCAUUUUAUUAGGCAAAGAUAACUAUGUUUAAAGAAUGAGGACUGCUGCACAUAAUGGUGAGUACCCACAUUUUUCAUGUAUUAUGUUCUGUUCAUCCACAAACUUAUUCAUGAUGCUGGGAGCAGGCUGCUUUAUAUGUUAUUGUGCUCAACUGUCAUUACUGUAUUAUAUAACUUAUCAUUUGUACUAUUGUAACAUAUGUUCUGUAUCCUUUUUUCUAUGUAAUGGUUUUGUAGCAAAUCACGCAGUUAUUGUUUCUGCCAUUUAAACAGCAGCAAAGAUCAGGGGCCUGUUGCUCAAAAAAGGAAAUUAAAUUGUCGGUAUCUGAA